GGGUCGGUGGGCGGGCGCGGGGCGGCGCCACAGGCAGAGCCUGCCGCUCGGCCGCCGUCCGCCCGGGGCUGUGGAGGUUGAGGAGCCGGCGCCCGCGGCGGCCUCGCCAUGAGCGCGGCGAUGAGGCAGAGGUUUGACCGGUUCCUGCACGAGAAGAACUGCAUGACCGCCGUGCUCGAGCGGAUCGAGAGCAAGACCGGCGUCAACCGCACGUACAUAGCCACCGCCAUCGUCGGGGCGGUGGCCGUGUACCUGGUGGUGGGCUACGGCGCGUCCCUGCUCUGCAACAUCAUCGGCUUCGGCUACCCCGCCUACGUCUCAAUCAAGGCCAUUGAAAGUCCCAACAAAGAUGAUGACACACAGUGGCUGACUUACUGGGUUGUGUAUGGUGUUUUCAGCAUAGUGGAAUUCUUCUCUGAUAUCUUUCUGUCCUGGUUCCCUUUCUACUACAUGCUAAAGUGUGGCUUCCUGUUGUGGUGCAUGGCUCCAAGUCCUUCUAAUGGGGCAGAGUUUCUCUAUCAUCGAAUUAUCCGGCCUUUCUUCCUGAAGCACGAAGCUCAGCUCGACAGUGUUGUUAAAGACCUGAAAGACAAGGCUGCAGAGACUGCAGAUACCAUCACUAAAGAAGCCAAGAAAGCAACAGUGAACUUACUGGGUGAAGAAAAGAAGAGCACUUAAACUGUUAACUGGAUAAAGUUUCCCUACCACCUCUUUAUGAAGCUUGAUGUUACUGGGAACUGUGGUAUAAUUUUAAUAAUACUGCCUUGGAAACAUUUUGAUAUAUUAAAGGAAUGUGUUUUAAGUUUGCUUACUACUUUGCUGUGUCUGAUGAUAGAAAAUAAGCAUUUUUAUUUAAAAGCAAUGCAGUGGGCAGCAUCUGAAGCUUAAUGAAAAUAUUUUAUUCAUCUUCAUGCAGAAGAAAUCUUUCAGUAAUCUCUUUCUGCAGUAACUUAAAUAAAAAGUAUAUAUCCCACAGCCUCUGCACUUUAGUUGUCUCUUUGUGUAUGUAAUUACUCUUAACAUUUUGACUGUGGUUCAUCUGGUGACAUGAAGCUAUUGUAUAAGGAAAGUACUAGUUUGACGUAUCUUCUUGAAUAUACAGGGAAUUACUGUGAAAGAUGGCAUAACAAACAGAUGUAUUCCCCACCAAUGAAGUUGUAAAUGACAAAACUACAUGUUCUGGGCAGCUGAUGAGAGAGAUUAUUCACUGUUGCAUGUUUUGUUGUAACACAAUAUUUGGUACUGUGUGUAUAUUCUUAAAUGGAUAGAUACUAAAUAUAGGAAAGAGUAACUUCAUUCAAGUGAUCAAGCUAGCUGGAAAUGGAUGCAUUAAAUUGCACAAGAUACUAGCACAAGAUGACUAAAGUACAGCUCCUUGCCUCCUCUUGCUAAAUAAAGUUGUCAUCUAAAAUUGUUAA